CACCUGAAGAAGAAGAAGAAGAAGACUCACCUCUCUCUACCAGACAGGAACAAACCAACAGCAGAGAUUAGUGAUGGCGAGGCUGUGGCUGAUGGCGGCUCUGCUGCUCUUAUCUGCGUCUGCUGGGAGUUCUGUGGAGAAUCCUGUGAACUGUGAGGUGGACCCGAAGGAGCUCGCCAAACUAAUAAAAGGCCUCAUGGAUAACUAUAAAGUAGAUGGUAUGCUCAGCCUGGCAGUAAGCAUCCCCAAUGAGGACCCAUACAACUUGGAUCAAGUCAUCAACGAAAAAAACCCAAACGACGUGAAGGAAAUGCUUUUAAAUGGUGAAGUGUACAAAGGCCAAAGACUUGUUGCCGCAAUAGUGGAACCAGAGAAACAAGGUGAAAAGCGUGAACAUGCCGAGUAUCGAGUUCUGAACAAAUUAAAACUACAGAGCCAACCAGGCGACCUGCUGAUCAUCUACUCGUAUGCUUCCCCUUGUCCCAGAAGAUGCACCAACCUAAGUAACCAUUACAACAUCAUCACAAAGAUCAACUCGGUCGUCAACAGUCAAACAUGGGGGGAAACCGUCUUUGUGUUUGAAAAGGUAUUCAAGCCUAAAAAUGCAACGGUUGAGGAACAUGAACUGAUUCAAGCUCUUAACAAUCUUGGAAAAUCUAAAAUCCCUCUCAAGAACAUAUUUCGCUGUGACAAAAUAGAGGGAAGUUUUAAGUGCACAAGUUGUUCCAAUCCUGAUACCACCGGCAAAUCAGUCACCCCCUUCUGUUACACCAACAAACCAGGAAAAGACAACAAAAGUCUGGGCGGUUCUACUAAUGUUGAUGAUGAUGGAUGGAAGACAGAGAAAUAACUGCUAAUGAGGGGUGUCCUCCUCACAAAGGUUCUCCCAGCUGCGUCAUGGAGGCCUCUAGUAACCAACUUUAAUGCUUUGUGAGACACACACAGGGGGGUUUAAUGUGGUUUAAAUGAAAGAUAAAAAGUAAGUGUGAUGUAAAUGAACCUCAGUGUUUCCUCAUGUCACUCCCUCCCUCAAGUGUUGUUCAAUCCUCUGCUCUUCUGCUCUUUCUGAUUAAAGCUCGGC